AUGGGGCCCCUGGGCAAUAGGGGAUCAUGGGGCCCCUGUGUCCUUGCCCAAACUCAAAAAAGCCUAUGAAAAAGACCACUGAGUGUAUAAUGGUGACCACACACCAGGGGCGGACUGACAACUCAUGGGGCCCCCGGGCAAUAGGAGAUCAUGGGGCCCCUGCAGGGGCGGACUGGCAACUCAUGGGGCCCCCAGGCAAUAGGGGAUCAUGGGGCCCCUGUGUCCUUGCCCAAACUCAAAAAAGCCUAUGAAAAAGGUACCAGGGGCAUCUCAUGGAGCCCCCUACUGACCCCCGGGCCCUCGGCAGUGCCCGAGUUUCUAAAUGGUCAGUCCGCCCCUUCCACACACCUAUCAAUAUGA